AUGAUCAGAAUCAGCUCCGAAAACAAACAACAGUUGAAAACCGCCUGCGACAAGAUCAUCCGGUCGUACGUGGACGCACGGGACGAAACCCGGAUUCCAGGGGUGGUCGCUGCCGUUACCACCAAGGACGGAGUCAUCUAUGAAACGUCCCAAGGCUAUGCCAAUAUUGCCACUGAAGAAUCCAUUGCCGAAGACACCAUCUUCUGCUUCUACUCUGCGACAAAGAUCAUCACCUCCGUUGCGUGCAUGCAGCUCUACGAGCGCGGGCUAUUGGACUUGGACGCGCCAGCGGAGCAGUACCAUGCGGAAAUAAGCAAAAUCCAAGUCUUGGUCGACUUUGACAGCAAGGGAGACCCGAUCACGAAACCGCCAAACACAAAGAUGACUGUCAGAAUGAUGCUCUCGCACACUGCGGGGUUUUCGUAUCCCUUCUUCGAUAUCGGACACCUCUUCGUUAUGAAGGCUUUGAAGUCGGUGCCGAUUGAUGAUGUUAUCAGUGAUAUUCCGCUUGUGUGUGAGCCGGGAUCCAAGUGGGCGUACGGUAAUGGUAUUGACUGGGCUGGAAAGGUGGUGGAGUCCAUCAGUGGCUUGCGUUUGGGUGAUUACCUCGCCCAGAACGUCUUCCAGCCUUUGGGAAUGGACAGCUGUACAUUCUGUAUUACCGACGCAGCGCAAAAGCAGCGCUUGAUGGCCGUCUACCAGCGUAUCCCCGGAAAGAAAGACCUUGGAUUGUCUCAUGUGAAGCCACCUUUGCGGCCAAAUACCGACAUGGGCGGCCAGGGCGUGUUUGGGACUGUUGGUGACUUUACCAAGUUCAUCAGAAUGUUUCUUAACGGAGGUAAGAGUGAUUCUGGGGCCCAUAUCUUGCACGCCGACACCAUCCGGUACGGCGCGGCCAACCAGUUGCCAAAAAAUUUUGAGAUCACCACGUUGGAAACAUUGCUUCCGCAUAUAGCCAAUCAGAUAGACUUCUUCCCGGAGCUUCCAAAGUCCCACUCCUUGUUUGCCAUGAGGACCGACGCGCACGCCGCUACUGGAAGAGGCCCGGGUACGUUGAUGUGGGCCGGAUUGGCGAAUUUGUUUUACUGGAUAGACAUGGAGCGGGGAGUUGGUGGGUUCUGGGCCACUCAGAUCUUGCCUUUCGGCGACGCGCCAUGUCUUGAAUGCUUUUUCCAGAUGGAGACGGAGGUAUACAAGGCCUUGGAGAGUGGCGCAAAAUUAUAA